AUACUGAUUCUCAACAGUAUCGCUUGUCCCUUCACAGUUUUGCUAAACGUGUUGGUCAUCAUAGCGGUAAGGAAGCGACCAAGCCUACAGAGCAACACAAACAUCCUGCUUUCCUGUUUAGCAGUAACUGAUCUAUUAACUGGUCUCUUGGCUCAACCAUCGUUCGUUAUUUGGAAAGCCUUUUAUGUUCUUAAAAACGCCCGUGACAUUACUGCAGUAGAUGAAGUCAAAGAGAUUCACAACUAUUUUGUACGCGUUCUUAAUAUUAGUUCAUCACUUCACUUGAUUUUAUUAACUUGCGAGAGGUUGUUAGCAAUUAAAUAUACAAACCAUUACUCGUACAUAGUUAGAAAACGAAACUUUAAGGUAUCGGUUCUUGCAAUUUGGUCCUUUUCUUUUAUGACUGGAGUUUUAGGUUACGGAAAAAAAGGCCAUUUUUAAAGAUAUAAUGAAACUUCUGAAUUUUUUUACGAUGUAUUUUAGUGUCAUUUUUAUUGUAAUAGCUUACAUUACUUUGUAUCGUGAAACUCUUCGUCACCGAAAGAGGAUCAUAAAACAACAGCUUCCACAAACGGAAAUUGAAAGAUUUGUUAAAGAAAACAAAGCACUGAAGACAACUGUACUUGUGGUAGGUACAAUCAUCUUUUGUUUUCUACCAAAGAGCAUAUAUCAGCUCUUGACCACAGUAUUUCGAAAGCGAAAUCAAGUCCCUCUCUUUAGUUCUGACAAACAAAUGGAAAUUCUUGUUAUCAUGGUCCGCACGCUUAGCAUGUUAAACUCUUUUGUAAAUCCGUUGAUUUACUGUAUGCGCCAGAAAGAAAUGAGAAAGUUUGUAUUUAGUUUAAGGCCAUCCAACACCAUUAACCCUGUAAACUAA